CCACAAGAUAUCUACUGGUUGGCCCAAUGUCUUUACCUAACAGCUCAGUAUCAUAGGGCAGCACAUGCCCUUCGAUCGCGUAAGUUGGAUAAGUUAUAUGAAGCAUGUCGCUACCUUGCAGCUAGAUGUCAUUAUGCUGCAAAAGAACAUCAGCAGGCCCUGGAUAUUCUUGAUAUGGAAGAGCCAAUCAACAAAAGACUUUUUGAAAAGUACUUGAAGGAUGAAAGUGGACUGAAAGACUCCACCACAGACUGGGAGAUGUCACAAUCCUCUGGAGCCCAUUUGAUUUGUGCUCAAAACCAAAUUGCAAACAUUGAUUCAGUCUUUGACCUCCAGCCCUGCUUUUCCACCAGAUCAAGAGCUCUAUAUGCCUUUUGCGAGGGAAGAUCUAUGAUGCUUUGGAUAAUAGAACCCUAGCAACAUACAGCUACAAAGAGGCCUUGAAGCUUGAUGUUUACUGCUUUGAAGCAUUUGAUCUUUUAACAUCGCACCAUAUGCUGACGGCACAAGAAGAAAAAGAACUUCUUGAAUCUCUACCUCUUAGUAGACAAUGUACAGAAGAAGAACAAGAACUGCUUCACUUUUUAUUUGAGAAUAAAUUGAAAAAGUAUAAUAAACCCAGUGAAACGCUGAUUCCUGAAUCAGUAGAUGGUCUUCAGGAAAACCUGGAUGUGGUAGUAUCCUUAGCUGAAAGACAUUAUUAUAACUGUGAUUUCAAAAUGUGUUACAAGCUUACUUCGGUAGUGAUGGAAAAAGAUCCUUUCCAUGCAAAUUGUUUACCUGUGCAUAUAGGGACACUCGUGGAGCUUAAUAAAGCAACUGAGCUUUUCUAUCUUUCUCACAAACUGGUGGACUUGUACCCAAAUAAUCCUGUGUCAUGGUUUGCAGUAGGAUGCUACUAUCUCAUGGUGGGCCACAAAAAUGAACAUGCCAGAAGGUAUCUCAGCAAAGCUACUACACUUGAGAGAACCUACGGACCUGCAUGGAUAGCAUAUGGACAUUCAUUUGCAGUUGAGAGUGAGCAUGACCAAGCAAUGGCUGCAUACUUCACAGCUGCACAGCUCAUGAAAGGGUGUCAUUUGCCGAUGCUCUAUAUCGGACUGGAAUAUGGUUUGACCAACAACUCAAAAUUAGCUGAAAGGUUUUUCAGCCAAGCUUUAAGUAUUGCACCUGAAGAUCCUUUUGUUAUGCAUGAAGUUGGAGUAGUUGCAUUUCAAAAUGGAGACUGGAAAACUGCAGAAAAGUGGUUUCUUGAUGCACUGGAAAAAAUCAAAGCUAUUGGAAAUGAGGUAACAGUUGAUAAGUGGGAGCCUUUAUUGAACAACUUAGGACAUGUCUGCAGAAAACUCAAGAAAUACGAAGAAGCACUGGAAUACCAUCGCCAGGCUCUAGUACUAAUUCCUCAAAAUGCUUCUACUUACUCUGCCAUUGGCUACAUACAUAGUCUAAUGGGCAAUUUUGAAAGCGCAAUCGACUAUUUUCAUACGGCCCUUGGUCUUAGGAGGGAUGACACAUUUUCAGUCACAAUGCUUGGACAUUGCAUAGAAAUGUAUAUUGGUGAUUCUGAAGCCUACAUUGGAACAGAGAUCAAAGACAAAUUAAGAUGUUAUGACUUUGAUGUACACACAAUGAAGACAUUAAAGAACAUAAUUUCACCUCCCUGGGAUUUCAGAGAAUUCGACAUAGAAAGACAAACUCUGGAUGAAAGUGGCAUAGUAACAUUAGAGACGUCACAUCAAAGGAAAAGUACAGAUACCAGUCGCCCAUUGGAAGAAACGUUUGAGAUUGAAAUGAAUGAAAGUGAUAUGAUGUUAGAAACAUCAAUGUCAGACCAUAGUACGUGACCAUAAACGCUGGUAGAGAGCUCAUUUUGUCCAAGUGUAAUAUGUUUGUUUUAGCAUUUUUGUUAUGGUGUUAUAAUUUCAAGAAUUUGCUAUUUUUAUAUGAAUUCAAACUACUACUCUACUUAACACCGGAGAAAUAAUGCUUGCCUUAAGGAUGAUUAAAAAGUAUACAUGAUGGACUAUUUCUACAAAAUUAAUCAUACAUGAUGAAGUAAAAAAUAAAAUCACUUUUUUUUUAAAAACUGUUUACUGAUCCAUGUGUCUGCCAUUAGUAAGACUGUGAAAGUUUAAAAGUAGUACUUUACAUGGAACCAUUAACAAUGUUGUUAAAUUGAAUAGCCAGUCUAAUAUAGUAGCAUUGUGGCUUCUGAGUUUUCAUCCUGUCUGUGAGGAAUGCUUUCUUAGUAAAUAGACCAAAAAAAAUCCAUGAAGUUUUACACUUACUACUUUAUAAACAUGUAUUCCUUUAAGGAGCAAUUUCAGUGGUUUUCCAUCAUUUGACUCUAAUUUGGCAUACAUUAAAUUGAUGACAAAGCAUGUUACUUUGUUAUACUUUCUCCUAGUUAUUAAUUUCACUUCUUUAUCAUUCUAUAUUGUAUUACUGAAAGAUCAUUUAAGAACUGCUUUCGGUAAGCUGACUAAACAAACUUGAAUGGCAUAAACAUUAAGAUAAAUCAGUCUUACCUGCAAUUAGAGUUACAAUAAAGUUGCAAGCCACAGUGUACUACUGUAGGGACCGCAGUCAUUCUCUUGACACAUAGUUGUUUUGUCAAUGCAAAGGAUUAACUGAAUAAUACACACACAAUGUUUUUACAAGUCUCUAAAGUGUGGUAUUUUUAUGUCAUUGGUUCACUGAAAAAUGAAGAAGUAAAGCGUAUGCCUCUGAAACAGAAGCAGUGAUUUCUCCAUCCUCUAAACAGGACAGGUCUGUUUGCCUUCUUAGCAUGAAUGCUGAACGUAUUUUGUGUAAAUUUUUCCCUUCCCUUCUCUUCUUGCCUUUUCCACAUGUCACUGUGUGGGGCUUAAAAUUAAAAACUUAAUGCUACAGCCUGUCAUAAUAUUUUCUUCUGUGACUUCCAUCUAAGUUUGGGCAUUUAAUGUUUAGGAUAGAUUUCCUGAAGUUUAGCAGUCCAGACUUUAGUGUGAAGUACUUCAGAACUCAAGAACUAGCAAUUUUUCUGUAGACAAAGAUUUUUCAUGAAAUACAAAAAUUAUUUUUGUUGUAGUCAGCUAAAUAAAAUCAUUGGUCUAAAAUGUAAUUUCUACACUCUAUCUCAGUACAUUUGUGUUAAUAUUUAAACAUGUAUUUUCAAUUAUACUUGUAGCAUAAAACA